AUGGCUCUUGCGGACGUGCAGUCAAAUAGCAGUGAGACUUCCUCCACGAAGUAUGUUGAGUAAGUAACUUUGGUGAUAUUGUUCCUUCUAUUCCGACUAUAUUCUCCUAAUACAGGACCUAAAAAUGCAGAACACACUGUGGAAAAAUGUGUCUUAUGCAAGGAUUAAUUCAUAUGCUCCUCGUCUGAGUUUAUUUCAAGCUUGGAUGCCUUUAUCUGGGGACUAUUACACACAGCUAGGGAUGUCAGAGAAUGCUGAAGAAAAUGGAAACAGGAGCAGAAACGGCUAAUGUUCGCUUAUUCAGUGCAGUGAAUAUGGUCAGUAUUGAGUGCUGUUGCUGUUUUCAGUCCACAAACAAUAUGUAAUGGAAAAGCAACUUCAACACUGAUUUUAAAUUCAUAAUCUAAAAUCAUGUAUCCAACAAAGUAAUAUUCAAAAUGCCCUCUGACCAAGCUGCUAUCACUUUUGUUGUUGUUGUAGAAAAUUGGUUUACUCUUAGUAUGCCUUUGUUAAGGUCAACCCACAGUCUUUUCCUAUACUUAAAAAAGUAUAGGAAAAGUUAUUACAGUUUAUUAGUCCCUUAUAAUGCCUCGAGACAGAAAAGGACCAAAUAUCACAUGAAUGCUCACAUUCCAUUACUCUAUGGGGAGUUGGCAAAUCGGCAUACAUUUAAAACUGAAAACAUUGGGGUAAGCCAGAGGAAUGUCUCUUAUGAUUGCUACCUUACUUUAUGUGUUGACCUUGUUUCCCUGUAUACUUUCACUCCCCAGGUAUACUUUCACGGCCAUUUAUUCCUUCGAAUGUCUAAUCAAGAUAUUGGCAAGAGGCUUUUGCUUGAAUGAAUUCACCUUCCUUCGAGACCCAUGGAACUGGCUGGAUUUCAGUGUUAUCGUGAUGGCGUAAGCAUCAGUGUUUGCUGCAAUUAAAUAAUUUCCUUUCAAGAAAUUGGACAGUGGUGGCUAAAAGGGACAUUUAAAAACAACAACAUAGCAUGCACUUAUUCCCCUUCCAUGUUUAGAGUAUUUACUAUAUUUUUCCAUGUAUAAGACUGUAUCCCCCCCCCCCACAAUUUUUAAAGUUUAAAAUUGGAGGUCGUCUUAUACACGGAAUGUUGCAAUUAAUUAUUUCUUACUUUUGGGCUCAAAAAAUAGGAGUCGUCUUAUGCAUGGGGGCGUCUUAUAUAUGGAAAAAUGUUAGUCUUGACUCUGGUCUCUGAGCCUAAAAGAAGUUUGAAUUCAUUUCUGGGUAAAAAGCACAUAUAAAAGCUAUUAGAGGAAGGAGAGAAAGCUCUUAUCGAGGCAGCUGCCAUUCAUAUCAUCACGAAAUGCUUUCUAGUCCUCUACAUUUCGCUCAUGAAGAUUUUGUUGCACUGCCGUAAAACUUGGGAUUCCCCCCAAAUGCUGAAAUAGUUAUUCAUCAGCUUCUCCAGCCUAAUAUUUUUGCAGACAUUAGGACCAGAGAUUGGCUUCUCAGGAAGUUGAAUUCUGUUCCCCAUUACUACAUUCUGCACUCUCUGUAUAUUAUGCCCGAUUCCUCUCCAUGCAGCGCCGGUACUAAAAGGACAGUGCUUUGAGAGCCUUGCCUGCAGGCAGCACUAACACACCAUUAAUUGCAAAUGGCUCCUAAUAGAGGAUUGCAGGUCCCUGGAGGAAGCGUGUGUCUCGCUUCCAUCCUGUUUGGGACUCAGCAGGCAGAGAGCUGAUCCAAUCCCCUGGUCCACUCUCCUCUGAAGAUAAGAUACUUCUUCGCUGAGGGUUUUUGACUCCCAUGUUGCUUAAGGUGUUAGAACUGCCCAUUCUACCACAUAUUUUGCAAUCGUUGGCCCCAAAAUGUGUGGUAAAAUUAUCCUCCUCACCAUUGCCUUGCUGAGGUGGUGCAAGUGACACUACCCUGCAGUAGGGGAUUGGCGAAUCUGUCAAUUUUAGCUUCUCUCAAAACGCCAGGAUAUUGAUAACUUUCCCCAGAGCUGUACUUUUGUGCUGAGAAACUGUUUCAUGUUCAGACUUCUGACUGUGGAACCAUAUUAUAGUCUAAGCCCAGAAGCUCUGCUGAGGGGAAUAAAAAUCUGCUCAUAGUCCCUCAGCCUGAGGUAAAGUUCUGAGCCUGACUAAUACUAGACAGAGCCAGGAAGUGCCCAGAAAUCUUUGGAAAGAGAUGUGGAAGUAACAAUAUUCCUUUAUAAAUCUGAGGUAAAAGGCCACCAUUUGAGCCGAAUACCUAAAAUAGAAGACGGCCCAGGAAAUGUCCCAAGCUCUUGAGAGGAACGCUGGGGUAGAAAAGUAAAAAAUACAUCAGUAAAAUAGUCACAUGUCGCUUGAAUACACUGAGAUAAAGGCCAAUGUCUAUGGAUAGGCCUCUGUGUAGGCCUGAAGGAAAACCAAAGUUCUGGUCUUGGCUAAUACAAGCAUGGAAGAUUGCCUAGAUGUCUUGUUUUGAAGGAAGGGGUGGCCGUGGGGAGAGGGAAAUAUGAAACAAAACCAAAAUCAGGCCCCAAAGGCUACCUCCUGCUAUAGGCCUCAGCCUGAAGUAAGAAACCCUCAAAAAGAAAAGAAAAGAAAAGAAAAAGGCUCAUGUAAUGAUUACAGUGGUACCUUGGUUUGCAUACACUUUGGAUUGCAAAAACGUCAAACCCAGGAGUGCGUAUCCCGGUUUGCAACCUUUUUUUGGAUUACAACCCAUUUUUUUGGGAUUAUGAACAAAGAAUUUUGGAGCACCUUCGGCAAAAGCGCGCCUUGGGUUACAACCUGUUUUGGUUUACAAACGGACCUCCAGAAUGGAUUAUGGUUGUAAACCAAGGUACCACUGUAUUUACAAACAUUUAGCAAAAAUGAAACUAGCUCUGGCUAGGCCGAGUCAAAUCUUUCCUACCACCCUUCUCACUAUAUUUGCACUUCCAAACUGAUUGUUGCUAAUUAAUAUUAAUUAAUUUUAAAUUAAAAUUGAUUUUAAUUUUAAAUUACAGUGGUACAGUGGUACAGUGGUACCUCGGGUUACAUACGCUUCAGGUUACAUACGCUUCAGGUUACAGACUCCGCUAACCCAGAAAUAGUGCUUCAGGUUAAGAACUUUGCUUCAGGAUAAGAACAGAAAUUGUGCUCCGGUGGUGUGGCAGCAGCAGGAGGUCCCAUAGGCUAAAGUGGUGCUUCAGGUUAAGAACAGUUUCAGGUUAAGAACAGAUCUCUGGAACGAAUUAAGUACUUAACCCGAGGUACCACUGUAUUAUAUAAUAUAUAUAUUGUUGUAUAUACAACAAAGGUCCUUCCGGAUCUUUGUUGCAUAUACAGUGGUGCCUCGCAAGACGAAAUUAAUUCGUUCCGCGAGUUUUUUUCGUCUUGCGGUUUUUUUCGUCUUGCGAAGCACGGUGUCGGAAAAGUUUUGGAAAAGCUUCAAAAAUCACCAAAGUCUUCAAAAACCUCAAAAAAGGCUACCACACCGCGUGCUAUGAGUUGCUCCUCGAAGUCAAGUCACAACUGUAUUAACGGUUUUAAGAAAAGGAAACAAACUUGCAAGACGUUUCCGUCUUGCGAAGCAAGCCCAUAGGGAAAACCGUCUUGCGAAGCAACUCAAAAAACCAAAAACCCUUUCGUUUUGCCAGUUUCCCGUCUUGCGAGGCAUUCGUCUUGCGAGGUACCACUGUACAGUGCUUUGCACGGUAGAGUUGCUAAGGCUGUAGACCAGCUCCUGGAUUUUAAGCCCGCAUUGCAGGGGGUUGGACUAGAUGACCCUGAGAGCCCUUUCCAACACUACAGUUCCAUGAUUCUAAGGGCUGUCCCUCUGCUUCUGCCAGGCCAUUGGUUUUCUGGACAGUGAGAAAGAACUGUCCAGGACACCCCACCCCACUUGCUGAUAUCAGACUCCAUGGGGGGGGGGCGGUCCAUGUACCAGCCCUUUAGAGGGCAUUUUAGCCCUGGGCAGGUGGCAGUGCCACUUCUUCUUUUCUUUUUUUAAAAAAAUAUUUUAUUAAGGAUUUUCUUGUUUUACAGAAGUAGGUGUAAUGCCUCGUAUUUUUUUUUUACAUGUAACAUUUUUACAAAUCCGUUUCAUUUGUUGAGGCAUUAGGGGGAGAAGAAAAAAGAAAAGAAAAAGAAAAAAAGAAAGGGGGGUGGAGGGAGGGAAGAUGGAUGGGGGUGGGGUCGGGUGGCGGUGUUUCUAUUAUGCUUAAUGUAUGUAGAGUUUGGUGUCAGCGUUGCUUGUGUUGUUCACUUGUGUUCCUUUGGUGGUGAGAGAGGUUGGGGUUGGCCUAGGGUGUGAUUGUUUGCUUGUGAUUGGCUGUGAUGAUCUUUGUUUUCGUGUGUGAGUGGGGUGGGUGGGUGUUUCGGAUCAGGUUAGCCAUAUUGAUUUGUAUGCCGUUGGUGGAUUAUUGUCAUUGUCUUGUUGGGCUCUGUAUGUGAUAAAGGGGAGCCAGGUGUCUUCUUCUGUUUGUCCCCGUGUCAGUUUCAGUUUAUUAGUUAAUUUUUCUGGUAGGGCUGUUUCCCAUACUAUUUGGUACCAUUGGUCCAUGCUUACUCCUGACAGGUCUCUCCAGUGUCUGGUUAUGGUGUUUCUGGCUGCUGAAAGUAGAUGGGUUAUGAGUUCUUUGUGGUGAGCAGCGCCACUUCUGAAUGGCAACAAAUUGUACCUGCAGUGGCCAUGUGAUCAACUGCGGUGUUCAUUUACCUAGAAUGUAAGGCCUCCCCAAGUUAUACACCUACAGGUCAGGGCAUGGAUUUGGGGGUAAAUGGAAGAUGCCAAGCAGCCGCUGUAAAAUGGAAGCCAGGCUCUGCUUCCAUUUAAGAUCAGCAUAGCUGCCCACUGCCACUAAAAUGCCUUUCAUGGGCACAGCGAGGAGUAUGUUGAGCAGAGCUACAGUUGGAUCAGGCUAAUAAUAAUAAUAAUAAUAAUAAUAAUAAUAAUUUAUUUAUACCCCGCCCAUCUGGCUGGGCUUCCCCAGCCACUCUGGGCGGCUUCCAACAAAAUAUUAAAAUAUAGUAAUGCAUGAAAAGCUUCCCUAAACACGGCUGUCUUCAAAUGUCUUCUAAAAGUCUGGUAGUUGUUGUUCUCUUUGACAUCUGGUGGGAGGGUGUUCCACAGGGCAGGUGCCACUACUGAGAAGGCUGGUUAGGGGACCAGUGUUGCUGCUGUAACCCCUCCCCAAAGUUUGUAUUUUUUAAAAACUUAUUUCACAUUUUGAUUUUACAGACUUUUGGGAGAGUUUAUUGAUAUGGGCGGUGUUUCUGUCCUUCGGAUGUUCCGGGUCCUGAGAGCUUUAAAAACCGUUUCCAUUAUCCCAGGUAUGAAAAAUCUCUGAAUUCUUUCUGACAGCAAUCAGGUUGCAUUUGCCCUUGCAAAGUUCAAAUCUAUGUGUCAACGGCACAUCAGAUGCAUAUAUUUCAAUGGUAUUCAUUUAUCAGAGACAAUUGUGUUGCAGCUGUUCCUUUGGGCGGCACAUAUAGGAAGGCUUGCUAGCUUUUUGUCUGGAUGAAUUGCUAUAGCUGUUGUUUUCCAGGCUUGAGCCUCACCCCAUGCCCAGUUCUCUAGAAGUGAAUCUUUAGGUUAGGAAUGAUGCAUCUUGAGGCUCAUGCAUAUGCAUCAAUGCACCUAGAUGCAUUUUUGUUAUUGUAAUGCAUUUCAAAUUGCUUUUAAUGUUGUGUUUUAAAUGGUUGUAACCUGCCCUGGGACCUAAGGGUGAAGGAUGACUAAAUAUUAUAUAAUAAUAAUAUAAUAAUCUUAUAAUGCACCCUGUGACCUUUGGGCAGGUAAUAAAUGUUAGGCAUGCCCAGCCAUUUCACAUGCUGGACCUGCCGAUGUUUAUUUUGAACUGUUCAUAUAUUAAAAGAUUAGUGUUUCCUUAGAAUAUCAAUAAUGAAAAGGAAAAACACUCUACUUUUAAAUUAGUGUAGCAAGAGAGGCAAUCUGAAUGUUUAAUACAGGAAGCAUUGUGUAAUAGUGGGGGACAAAACUGGACUUGACAUGAUUCUUUCUUUGGUAGACAUAAAAUAUGUUCACAAGUGUACCUAUUUUUAUCUGUGAAAUACUAGAAUACCGUACAUAAAUAUACAUGUAUCCUGUACUGUGUUGCAAGUUGCUGGUAAACUGAGAUGCUUCCAAACAGGGGCUUAAUUUGCAAAUGGGGCAUUGGCAACUGUUUGUUGUUGGGUUGUUGUUUUUUGCUUACUGGAUUUCCCCCGGAAAGGGAAAAUCUGGAAUGAAUGGGAGAAUUAUGGGUUAGCCAAUGACAUUAUGCAAACACUGGAAGAACCCGAAACUUUCAUGAGGACAAAAUAAAAACCUAUCGUAUUUUUCUGUUCACUUCAAUGUGGGUGGGUGAGGGAGCUGAUUUUGAAAACACCCCUAAAAUGUUGUUUUGAAAACUUCCAAAUGCAGGUGUCUCGUAGGUUAUCUUCCCUAAGCGGAUGAAAUACCUUCAUCAUCUGAAGGUGUUAAAAAAUAAUAAUAAUAAAAAUGUUAGCUUGCUGUACCACCUGUAGAGAAAAUCAGUUGCUUCAUGUCCUGUUGCAAACAGUUAUGGUUAGUGAUUGUUCAUUUGAUAUUAUUUUUAUACAAAGCAAAACAUGCUGGCUGGCUGCCCAUUUACAAAUCAUACAAACUGUGCUGAAAAUUCAAGCCCACUGAUUACAGAUCUGGAUGCUGUAUAGGUUUGCUCCCAACAAUGAACAGAUUUUCUCUGUUCCAUCCAUCUGUUGUUUUUAUUUAUUAAAUGGAGCACAUAAAACAAUUUACUAAGUGCUGCACACAGAAUAUUUAGGAAAGCAUGGGUUUAUUUGCACUACAUUCCACUAUGUUUCACUUUGAGUUUACCUCAGAUAAGUUCUAAAAUUAGUAUCAGAACUGAUGUAUGCUUGUAUCGUGCAUUGGUGUUUGACACAGUUUUCACUUAACAGUGAAUGUGCAUUGAUUAAAUGCAACAUAUAUGCAUAUUGAUUAUAUCAGCACAAUCUGAAUCAAAUAUAUUGCUGUAAUUUAGGGGGCAACGCAAACCCCUUAUGGGUACUACAGGGGCAGCGCUUAAUGGAUGCAAGCUGUAAAUCAUAGCAAAUUGUGUAUUUGCGGCAAUCUGAACAAUAUCCAGAGUUCAGAAAUGAAAGGAUGACAAUUUGUUAAUGCACAGUGAGUAAUUUUGGUUGGAGAAAAUUAAACAAUGACACGUUUAAUGUGGCAAAUUAUAAGCAGUCUAGUCAUUCAUCCCAUCGAUAGAAGAAAACAAGGACAUGAAUGGACUUUUUGCUAUCAGUGUCAAGGCACAAUCCUGGGCAUCUAAUCACAUUGCUUAAUCAUUUUAGUUAUUAAAAACAGACCGCUAAUGCCUAUAGAUCACUUACUAUCCUGCACAGCAAUUUCUGCUUUCAGAGUGGAUAUGACACACCAAAUUUGUGUUUAUUUAUUUUUUUUAAAGCUAGCAGUUUUGUACUCAGCUAUUGCUUAGGAAUUCUAAGAAACAAAAAAGUAAUUUUGAAAUCAGUGGGUAAAAUCAGUGCAAUUUUGAAAAGUUCAGUCUGCCAUCUUGAUUCAAAAUGGUCACCAACUAUAUCCAAACACAGACGAAAAUGUGCUUCUUGAUCUCAGAAACCAUCAUGCAAAAACUGGUUUCAAAAUUUUUAGAGGUGUCCAAAUGCAUAGUGAACAGACAAGCAACUUUCCAAAAUAUAUAGUAGACAGUGAAUGAACAACAUUGGGUACAUGUCAACAUAUAUAGGCAUAUUUCAGACAAUAAAGAUGGACAUGGCAGUGUAUUACAUUUUACUAUUAUUAGCAGCUUCUUUUUUAGUUCAAGGGUUUAAAUAAUGUUUUUGAGAAGCAUACUUGCUGCUACUUUAUUCCCUUAAAAGAUACCUCUUGUCCCCUCAAAACAUACAUGUUUUGAAACUGAGCUGCUGGAAAUUUGCUCAGACAACCCUGCCUUCCCCCAAGUGGUAUCCAUAAUACAUUUUCUUUCUAUUUAUUUUUAUCAAAGCUUCCAAAAAUAGUUCAUCACACAGAUGAAUGAGGGGCAAAACUAACUCUAGGUCAAUUUGGGCAUUCCAAAUUGUUCUGCAGGUACUUUGAUUUUGAAUUUAAUAUGUCCUUCAUUUCCCCCCUCUGCAGGUCUGAAAGUCAUUGUAGGUGCCCUAAUCCAGUCUGUUAAGAAACUCGCAGAUGUUAUGAUCCUGACUGUUUUCUGCCUGAGUGUGUUUGCCCUCAUUGGUCUUCAACUCUUUAAAGGACAUUUGAGACACAAAUGUGUCAAGAACUACACGGAAUAUAUCAGCCAGAGCAUGUCCAAUGAAACAUCCUCGUCAUCUAAACAGAACUUGACUACGUAUGAGAAUUUUACCAAUAGCCCAGGUAAAUGCUGUCCUCAGAUCUUUGCAAAAUGAUGGAUUUAUUCCUUCUUCUGUCUCCAGGUUUGAAGUGGGCCCUAGCAAACAGGACACACGAGUCUGCCACUUCAGAUUGUUACUCCUAAGAAUAGUAAGAUUUAUAAGUAUCUGAUAAGUGCUUUGGUAGGUUUGCCAUGUGGGUGGCAUUGGGAUAAAUCCUUUUUGGAUUAUUGCAAUCUUACUUUCAAACUCUCAAGUGUGCUUCCAUGAGUGGUGCGAUUGUAACUGAACCCCAUGCCUGAACUUGCACAGGAUGAGAGUCCAAGGAAUUGAGGUGGUAACUGAUCAAGUACUAAGUCAUACUGACAAAUUAAAAAUGAACACAUCACCAAGUCUUGGUUGCAUCCACCGAAGAGUUCUUUAACAAUUCCUACGUAAAAAGGCUAUUGUCUAACAAAAAUAAGAACAUAAGAAGGAGGCCCCUGCUCAGUGGAGAAUGUUGGGCCUUCAAAUUUCAGUGGUGUGAUGCCGAAAUUCAGCAGCCCCCGCCUCUUGCCUUCCAUUCUAAAUCAUUAUUGCAGCACCCUCUCGGCUCAAUAGCCAGUGUGGGUAAACCUGUCACGCUCCCCUAAAUUUGCCUCUGCCAUGCUGGAUCAGGCAAAAGGGCCAUCAAGUCCAACACUCCGUUCUCACAGUGGCUCACUGUGUAACUCUAAGUGGCUCACUAAGUGUAACUCUGACACCCAGCAACUAGUAUUUACAGGCACAGUGUGCCUCCAACAGUGGAGGUAGAACAUAACCUCAUGGCUAGUAGCCAUCAAAAAGACUUAACCUCCAUGAAUUGAUCUAAUUCUCUGUUUAAGUCAUCCAGGUCGUGGUCAUCACUACAUCUAGUGGGUGGGAAUACCAUAGUUAAACUAUGUGUGAAGAAGUAUUUGUUUUGCCCUGCCUAGAAUCUCCUAAUGUUCAGCUUCACUGGACAGGAUGCUAGUCAUCCAAAUGUGCAGCAGUUGUGUAAAAGGCAAAAUCCAGUACAGUAUCAUAAUGCCAUUAUUCAAAUCCAUGGCGUGACCACACUGGUAACCAUAUUGUGCACAAAUGAUGCCGUCCCCCUUGCUGUCCCCACUGAAGCCUCGCUUCCUGGGGUUGCAUGGCUGCAGCUUCCAAGUUCUGACAAUAUUGCAUGGAGGCAGUGGUGUUGUUGCCAGUUUUCCUUAAAAUUAGCUCCAAAAUGUCCUUGUGAUUUUGCCAAAGCUCAACAACUUAACACCAUUGGCCAAAAAAGUUCAAUAACUUUUGUGUCCAGAUUUUCACUUUUUGAAAUAUGGCAACCCUAGUUUAGUUUAGUGCAUGAGCAACAGGAAACCUUGGGCUCAAUCACUCUUCCUUCCCCUCCCCUCCUUUAGCACAGAUGUGAUUAGAAGCGCCCACUUCUGGUUUUAAACUAAACCGUUUCACAUUAUAUCAGAACUGGAGGAACAGUGGUUAGUUUAAACCGUGGUUUGUUGAUGAGCCAGGUCGAUAACCAGGGGUUUUGACAAAACGACUGGCUGUUUUAGAACCUCUACUUAUCUGGAACCAUAUUUAUCCUUGACUCUUUUGUUGCAGUGAAUUACAUACAUAAGAAUGACACUGAAGAUUAUUUAUUGUGCAGCAAUGCUUCAGAUGGUGGGUAAGUUUACAUAAUACCUGUUAUGAGUGUGUUUAAUAUCUGUUAUUCACUCCGAAUAUUUAUUUACUUUCUGCUUACUUACCUCUCCUCCUCCCAAAACUGUGGCCCAAAUUCUCAAAUUCAAUUUUUGUGUGUUCAAAGUAAAAUGUGAUCUUCUCAUCAUUUUUGCAUGUGGAACAUUGUGAAUGUGCCCCUGUGUGGUGAGAUCUGAAAUUUACCAUUUUCAGUUUGAAGCUGCAGUUCUGUUGCAAGAGUGGGGAACGAUUUCCAGCCCAAGGGCCACAAAUUCCAUUCUGUCCAACCUACUGGGAGCCACAGCUCUGCUGAAUGUAGGAGCCAUGUUUUUGAAAGAAAAAAAAUAUUCACAUAUUUUCAAGUCUCUCCAUAUACAGUGGUACCUCGGGUUAAGUACUUAAUUCGUUCCGGAGGUCAGUUCUUAACCUGAAGCACCACUUUAGCUAAUGGGGCCUCCUGCUGCCGCUGUGCCGGCGCUGCACAAUUUCUGUACUCAUCCUGAAGCAAAGUUCUUAACCCAAGGUACUAUUUCUGGGUUCGCGGAGUCUGUAACCUGAAGCGUAUGUAACCUGAAGCGUAUGUAACCCGAGGUACCACUAUAUUGGCAGAACUUUCUCUUCAUACUUAAAUGCUGGAGAAUUUUACCACUGAAAUACGGUUGUUAUUUGCAGUUCCUGCCCGCCGAAAUACGUAUGUCUGAAGGUUGGAGAAAAUCCUGACUUUGGGUACACAAGCUUUGAUACGUUUGGCUGGGCCUUCCUUUCCCUGUUCCGCCUCAUGACGCAGGAUUACUGGGAACGCCUCUAUCAACAGGUAUAUGCUUCAAUUCUUUUGAAACAAAUUGCAUGGGGAAACUGCCAUAGUCCUUUGAAGCGGCUUGCUCUGCCUACCUUUUACAGCUCCCUUCUUAACUAUAUAAGUAGAAGAACGAUAUGCUAGAGUCUACCAAGUGGAAUCCUGAGGUGAUAAUAUGAGAUGGAAAUGUUGCCACAGAGUCCUGAGCUGGUAGAAUAAACUGUGCCACCUCAGAGCGCAGAAGGGGGAUCACAGUUAUGAAUGUUCCUUCUUGUAAAAAAAUGUCAAAAUAUCGUUAGCCAUCUAAGGGUUCUCUUGGGUCCAAAAGGCAGGAGUCUGAGAGGAGAUAUGAUAGCCACCUUCAAAUAUCUCAAAGGCUGCCACUGAAGAUGGAGCAAGCUUGUUUUGUCUUGCUCUAGAGGGUAGGACCCGAACCAGGGAAUUAAAUUUACAAGAAAGGAGAUUCCGAAUGAACAUCAGGAAGAACUUUCCGACAGUAAGAGCUGUUCAACAGUGGAACAGACCACCUUGGGAGGUUGUGGACUCUCCUUCCUUGGCAGUUUUUAAGCAAAGCUUGGAUCGUUCAUAGCAUAGAAUUUCAUGUGUCAUUUUUAGAUUUAAUGUUGUUUCUUUCGUCAUCUUUAUUUUGGUUAAUGAAUUACUGUAUUAUUAUUUUUUAGUGUGGUUCAUGUUUUCUAUAUGAUUUCAAAGGCCUUUUUCCCUUUAACAUAUGGGAAACUGGUAAUGAAAACCUUAAAAUUUUGUAAACACCACAACCAAAAGAAUGAUUGCUGUAUUCUUUCUGACUACAGACUCUCAGAGCAUCUGGGAAGAUCUAUAUGCUGUUUUUCAUGCUGGUCAUAUUUCUGGGAUCAUUCUACCUGGUCAACUUGAUCUUGGCCGUGGUCACGAUGGCCUACGAAGAACAGAGCACAGCCACUAUUGCUGAAACAGAAGCAAAAGAAAGGAAAUUUCGUGAAGCCAUGGAGAUGCUGAAGAAAGAGCAGGAGGUUCAUAUAUUGCCCCAUUGCUAAUCUACAACUACCUCCAUUUCCCCAGAAACAUAGUUUAUAGCAGUAGUUAUAUAUAGUAUGUAUACAAUAAAACAUAAAACACCGUUAAAAACAAUACAAAAUGGUAAUUAAAAUGACCGACUAAUCAAAUGUUUUUUAACAGCUACAUAGGUCUGCUGGCAUAAAAAAAGCUCUUUAGAAUGGGGAAAGCAUAAAUUGAACAUGGGAUGGGAUCUAAACAUGGUCAAAGCAAGAACUUGCCACUUAAUUAUGAUGCUUCCAUAGGAGAUUUAGCACCAGCUUCCAUGUUUCAUGUAUCCAAAAACUAAGAACUCAGACUUGAAACAUAGCUAACACCUGCUAGGCAAGAAAAAUCCGUCAAGACAAAAAUCCUUUUAGAAAAACACCGUGAUUUACUUUAAAAUCAUGAAGGUUGUGAGUAAUUUGGAUAUCCAAUGCAAACUGUUAUCUGUGAAUGGGAAGUUGUCAUACCAAAAAGAAUUUUUUAUUAUUAUUAUUAUCUCAUAUGAAGACAUAAUGGUACAAUGUGCACUUCUCUUUUUCUUCAUUCUAGGAAUUAGCUGCAAAAGAAAACGACAGCAUGUCUCAUAGCUCAUUUGAAGUGUCACCUAUAGGUUCUAAAGAGGUCAAAGAACGAAGCAACAGAAUGAAAAAGUUGUCUUUGGGGAUGGAAGAUUAUGGGGAAGAUCCCAAAACCCCAAAAUCACAGUCUAGUGACAGCUAUCGGAAACCGGUAGUUAUUUCAUAAGGCUUUUGUUGUUGUUUAGUCAUUUAGUCGUGUCUGACUCUUCGUGACCCUAUGGACCAGAGCAUGCCAGGCACUCUUGUCUUUCUUCCAUUGCCUCCCGCAGUUUGGUCAAACUCAUGCUGGUAGCUUCGAGAACACUGUCCAACCAUCUCAUCCUCUGUCAUCCCCUUCUCCUUGUGCCCUCAAUCUUUCCCAACAUCAGGGUCUUUUCCAGGGAGUCUCCUCUUCUCAUGAGGUGGCCAAAGUACAGGAGCCUCAGCUUCAGGAUCUGUCCUUCCAGUCAGCACUCAGGGCUGAUUUCCUUCAGAAUGGAUAGGUUCGAUCUUCUUUGUAGUCAGUGGGACUCUCAAGAGUCUCCUCCAGCACCAUAAUUCAAAAGCAUCAAUUCUUUGGCGAUCAGCCUUCUUUAUGGUCCAGCUCUCACUUCCAUACAUCACUACUGGGAAAACCAUAGCUUUAACCAACCAUUAUUUCUUUUCACUUUUAAUUGCACUCUAACUUGUCUUCAUAGAUGGAGGAGUUUAAAUGAAGGGAGAAAAAAGGUUUUAACUAAGACACUUAAUUUUAAUCAGCAUUUGCCAACCCUAAAUCUACAUGAAUGUUUUUAGCAAAUUUACAUUUUAGAAAGUAUAUAUAUUCUACAACAGUAGGAAACCAAUCUAUGCAUAAAGCUUUAUAUGUGAUGUAUUUGUUUUUCCUUUACUCUUAGCAGUUCUCAGUAACAGGUCACUAGUAGGUCACAACAAUGAAAAAUAGCAAACCCUGUCCAUAAAUCAACUAACAGCCAUAGAAUAAAUCAGUUGCAGUGUCAUCUGUCUGAAUAAAGGUGUUACAAAAUUGUAAUCCUCCUUGGUGGUCCUAGUAGGUUCACAUGGCAGUAAGUAUGAGAAUUAACAGAGGCUUAUAAAUAGCAAGUUCCUUGGUUCCUGUGACGGGUAAGGAAGCCAUAAGUGAUCAACAGACUUAAGUACUAGUGGAAAAUUUUGUGGAGUAGUUAACUGGGAGACGGGAGUGUAUGUGCAAGACUGAGUUAAUGAGAAGCAGGCUAUCACUCCUAACAAGCUGCCAAUUCUGAACGCAGAGUGCUCUUUAUUAACAGGAAGGCACAAGGCCAGUCAUAAAGUUUUCUGCUGCAAUUGGUAGGAUUUCUGUAAGUGACUCUUACACCCAACAUUAAAUGUAUUUAGUACAGAGCAUGUCAAAGUCUGCAUUACUCUUGCUAUUAUUUUCCUUCUUUUGAUCCCGGCAGUCUCUCAUUAGCCACAGUUACGGUCCUAGUUCAAACCCAACCAAACGCCGACCAAGUCAUGGAAGUGUAUUCAAUUUCCAUGUAUCCAGCCGAGAUGCUGCUUCAAGGGCUGAGUUUGGGGAGGAUGAAUCUAGCAGCAUUGGGGAGACGGAGAUCCAACACAGCACGCUGCUGGCUGCCCGAAUGGGAAGGCGUCCAAGCGUCCAAAGUCAAACCAGCUACAGCCCUCGCCUGACAGCUCCAAACUACAUGCAGCCCGGCAGAUGGGCCACUGGAGACGAUUGCAAUGGGAUGGUUUCAUUGAUGGGGGGCAGUGGAACAAGGCCGUUUAACAUGGAUCCCAUUUCCAAUGAAGGGUCAUUGCUUCCUCCAGUUAUGGAAAAUCCUGGGAAAGGAGAUCUGGUGAGUUGAGAAUGUAAUAAGACAGUUGCAAUUUUCUGAUUGGUGGCUUCCCCCCAGUUGUCUAGGCUGCAGUAAUCAAUUUUUGCUAUGUAUGUUUUCUGUACCUAGAGGAAAAAUGAUUCCACCCCUAAAAAUUACCCUCAGAUUACUUCCCUACAGAUGAUGAUGAUUUAAAUUUCUUCCCCAGCCUUCAUCAUUAGUCCCAGGGCAAUUUGCAACUCUCUCUCUCUCGCUAUAUAUAUAUAUACAAACAAACAACAACAACAACAACAACAACAAUUAAGAUUAUUAUUCUCUAAUCACUUCUCUGGGAGUAAACCUCAUUGAACUCAAUGGGAUUUACUUCCAAAUAGGCAUUCACAGAAUCUCACUGUAAAUGUAUUUGUGAAUAGUGGGCAUGGAGGGUGGGGAGCGUUACCAAAAAGUUUGGGGGCAGGGGCAGACUUAAAGAAGAAGGAGUAGUAAGAGCUAAGAGGUGAGAGCCCUGUGGUAUGAAUAAAUAGCAAAUAUUUUCUUUCUGCACCAUAGUGCAUCCAUUCUCUUUUAGGUAAGGACUGCUGUGCAGCUCUAAAGCUAAGAUUCCAAAGGCACACCCAUAUUGAAGACUAACAAAUGCAUUAUGACAGAAGCUUUCAUGGACUACAGCCUGCUUCAUCAAAUGCAUGAAGUGUUGUCCUGAGUUGCAUGUAAACUGGGUGAGGAAGGAACUAAUAAAUAGUGAAGUGAGAGGAAAAUGAAACUCAGAACGACUGAACAAUAAUACUCAUUGUCACUCGACAUUUCCUCCGAAUGUAUUAAGACUGUGUGGUCUGCUGAAUUUUGCAAUAAUCAUAUUUACGUUCAUAUCUGUUACUCUUACUGCCUGAGAUCGAAGCACAUAAAGCUUCCAUAACUAGACAUGUUGUUUACAUCUUUAAACAGACUACUUCUUGUGAUGAAGCCAACAAGAGGUUCCAAACUCAGCGUCUCUCAGUAGAUUAUUAUAAUCACCCACUUCAAAGACAAAGGGCAGCAAGUGCAGUCAGUAUCAUCACCAGUGCGCUGGAAGGUAUGUUGUUGCAUAUUCAUGGGCGCCAAUAUAGUGGUUGGAUACCAAGGUUAAGGACAUGCUUUAAAUGCCAUAAAUGGGCGGAUUUAGCACUUGCACUUGGGUCUAUGUAUUGUUCCUGUGUUGCAUAUCACCUUUAAAUAGGGAUUCAGGGCUGGCCCAGCCUUGAGGCAAGAUGAGACGACUGCUUCAGGUGGCAGGAAUCACAGGGGUAGCCGAUCCCAAUGUAGACCUUUACUGUCCCUUUGUUCCUGAUGUGGGAGUUGGGGCUACGGGUUUGUUUUGUUCUGGUUCUGGUUUUUCAUAUGAAUUUUGUGUUUUUACUUUGCAUGUUUAUGCUGUAAGCCAUCCUGAGAUUUUCAGAUAAAGGGCAGUAUACAAAUUUAAGAAAUAAAAAUAAUAAAAUAAAUGUAGAUCUUCUCUCACCCUUUCCCCACCGGUAGGGCGGGAAGUGCCAUUUAGGGAUUUUCAAGGUAACUAGCUAGCACUUUGGGAUCAGAAACAGAUAGGAAGCUAGUGAAAUUGGAAUAGCAAUACAGUCACAUGAGCUGUAGCUCAGUGGUCAAAGAAACAUGCCCUCUAUGUGGAGAGCCCCAGGUUCAUCCCAGGUGUCUUCAUGAAGAGCUAGGCAAGAUUCCUGAAAGCUACUGAACCUGCUGGACAAAGCUUCUGACAUAAAAUAGUUUCCUAUGGUCUUACAAAGAACUGGCCCAUGGGAUUGUUAGGAGUUCGGCCUACACUCGAGUAGGACCCUGGCAGAGACACAUGCCCGACUGGCAAGUUCUCUCCCUCCUGGUCGAUCGUUCGGGAGCUUCAAAAGCAUUCUUCAGCCUGAACAUCACAGCGACUGAUGCCAACUGACAUUAGGAAUCCGCAGAGUUUGCGCAGUUGCAUAAUAGACCUCAGCAACUCAGCAUUUUGGCUAAUCUACUUUAUUUACAUAUAAACACACAUAGAGCACUGCAACAUGGCUCCCCCUCUCUCUCUAGCAUCAGACAGCAAAGAGAAAAAGAACAAAGGACAAUAGUCCCACUUCACGGAACACAGUAACACAAACAUCCUGACUCCGUCACUUCCCACUCUGUGGAGUCAAAACAUAUACCAUCAUGUGAAAGACAACAAUCCCAUGACUGCAAUCAUGGAGCAGGAAUUCUAACAGAGAUAUCAAUUACAAUAGUCCUUGAUCGUACAUUUUUAAAAAGAAUUCUGCUGGAGCAUCAACAGAUUCAGUAGGAGUUGUUCUCACAAGUACUUAUUGAUCCCACUUCCUGACCAUAAGCGCGUGUUUCUAAAUCUUUUUUUUUAUGGGGAGGGGGGGACCUUACUUUAUUGUGUUUAAUGUUUAGAACUUGAAGAAUCUAAUCAGAAGUGCCCCCGCUUCUUGAAGAACUUGGCUGCAAAGUAUCUUGUGUGGAACUUUUGCCCACUGUGGUUGAAGAUAAAGAAGAAUGUGGGCGUUUUUGUUAUGGAUCCAUUUACGGACCUCACAAUCACAGUUUGCAUUGUGAUGAAUACUCUAUUUAUGGCGCUAGAACACUAUAAAAUGUCCCCUGAUUUCGAGGCCAUGCUUGGGAUAGGCAACAAGGUAAGCGAAUUCUGGCAAGCAGGAUGUUCUGCAUCAGCAUGUAAUAAGCUUUUAUGCGUUUGUUAUUAUUAUUGUAUCGAUUUCUGACAGCAUUCACCCUUCCCCAAAAGGUAUAAGGUUCAAUGACUCUCACCUAUCACUAUCUGAAGAAAAUUCUUUAUUAAUUUAUUUCUGUUAACUAUGACAAACUCUGUUAUAUCUCUUGGUAUUAGCAUACCUAGAUAUUUAAUAGAUUUUGAACAAAUCUGGAAUUUAUAUUCCUUGGAUGAAUGGGUAAUCAGGUUUUGACUUAUUGGCAUCAGUUCUGAUUUGGAGCAAUUAACAGAGUAACCAGAUACUUUACCAAAAGCACCUAUUGUUUGCAUCAAGAUGGGAAUACUAGCCUGAAUAGUACGAAAUAAACAAAAGAAUAUCGUCUGCAAAUGAAACUAAAUUAUAUUUAAUAUUAUAAAUCUCACAAUGUUGUCUAAUAGCGCAAGCCAAAGGAAAGGUGGCAGACACGCUGCCAUUCACUUUGACUCGAGGAGUGGCUGCCAGGAAAAAGCCACAUGCUCUUCUUAUAUGCCCAGGGAGCGGACUGAGCCCACCCUCCAGGAGCGGCCCACCCCCUUGCCCACUCACAAUUGGCUGAUUGAGCGAGCUGGCAGGAUCUGUUGGCUGGGCAGCAAACUCAGCCCAGGGACCUCCUUUGCUGCCCGGGACACAGCCCAAGGGGCCUCCCUUGUCUGAUUGUGAAGGGUGAUGGAGGGAGUGCCAGACCGCAAUGGAGCCCCCCAGGAAGGGUUUGCGGACUUCUCAACAUGCCUGUUUGUCAUGUGAACUGUCCCUAACCCCGGCAUGAGGAGAGAGGAUUCUGGAACAUGCAGAUUUGACGUCUCCACUUCUAUUUUGCAGAUUUUCACCGGAAUUUUCACUGCAGAAGUGAUCCUGAAAAUCAUUGCGCUGGAUCCCUAUUAUUAUUUUCAGCAGCGCUCAAAUAUCUUUGACAGCGUGAUUGUCUUCAUAAGCAUCAUUGAACUGAGCAGUGAACCCAAAGAGAAUAAGGCAUCAGGGAAAAAAGGCAGCAGGAAAGGAAAUUUUACAGUUUUACGGACCUUGAGGCUGGUAAUUCCUCGCUCUCUUUUUUCCUCUUCAUUCCUUUCUUUUUUCAUGGACAUAUAGGACAGGAUUUCCCACGAGCUACAUCUCUUGCAGAAGAUCACUAUUGAUUAUACAUCUGUGGAGCACUGUGAAAGAUUUAACUUGCUAAUCUCCAGAUGUGCCCUGUGAGGGAUGUUAUUUUCAGAUAGAGGAAAUUGAGGGCAAGAAGCAGCAACUUCCCCAAGGCCACCCGGUGCAUUCCGGACCAGGAAGGGAGUUGAAAAUACUUGCCCAAGGCCAGCCCCUGUGCUGUGCUGCUUGGGAGAGACAUGAAGGAGACAAGCUAUCAGUGGCCACUAGACACAAUGGCCAAAUAUUACUUCCAGCAUCGCAGAGACCAUGCCUCUAAAUACUGGUUGCUAGGGAAAAAUGAGUGGGAGUGUGUUACUGCAUUCAUGUUCUGCUCUGGGGCUUCCCCAUAGGCACUUGUUUGGCUGCUGAGGGUCGGACAUAAUAAAUAACAAUAUGUUCAAAAGAGAACGAAAAGGCAAGAUGAAGCUGAAAAGAAGGAUAAACAGAGUUAGAACUGAAGGCUACAAAAAAUAGAAACUGCCAAACUGUUCUGUUCUUUGGUUAUCUAACAAUACAAUACUUUCCUCCCUAACAGAUGCGAGUCUUCAAGUUGGCGAAGUCUUGGCCAACCUUAAACACCCUUAUUAAGAUAAUUUUAAACUCAGUGGAUGCUCUGGGCAACCUCACCCUCGUUCUGGCCAUUAUCGUCUUUAUCUUUGCUGUAUUUGGAAUGCAGCUAUUUGGGGGCAACUAUAAGACUCAUUGUAAGAAAUUGGCCGAUGACUGCAGACUACGAUGGCAUAUGCAAGAUUUUUUCCACUCCUUCCUUGUUAUUUUCCGAAUUUUGUGUGGAGAAUGGAUUGAAACCAUGUGGGGUUGCAUGGUGGUCAAUGAGCAAUCAAUGUGCUUGCUUGUCUUCUUGCUGGUCAUGGUGAUUGGAAAUUUAGUGGUGAGUUUACAGAUACCUUUUGGUUUCCCCUCCCCUUUUUAUCAGAAUUUUGCUUUGCUAUUAAUGAAAUGGGGAAAUGUGUUUGAAAAGUCCAUCCUCAUGCUGUAUCUUUAAAAUAAGACAAGACAAGUAUGUGGAAUGGUAGUAUUCCAGAAAAUCUGUCCUGGGCUGCUUCUGCCAGGUUCUUGGAAUCACAAGCGGGGAGGGUCCUGCUUGCAGGUUUCCCAUGGGCAUCUAGUUGGUUACUGUGCAAACAGGAGGCUAGACUAGAUGGGCCAUUGACCUGAUCUAGAAGGGCCCUUCUACUGUUCUUAUAGGGACGUGGGUGACACUGUGGUAUAAACCAGAGAGCCUAGGGCUUGCCGAUCAGAAGGUCACCGGUUCGAAUCCCCGUGAUGGGGUGAGCUCCCAUUCUUCAGUCCCAGCUCCUGCCCACCUAGCACUUCGAAAGCACAUCAAAGUGCAAGUAGAUAAAUAGGUACUGCUCCGGCGGAAAGGUAAACGGCGUUUCUGUGUGCUGCUCUGGUUUCGCCAGAAGCGGCUUAGUCAUGCUGGCCACAUGACCCGGAAACUGUCUGCGGACAAAUGCCGGCUCCCUCGGCCAGUAAAGUGAGAUGAGCGCCGCAACCCCAGAGUCAUCCGCGACUGGACCUUACUGUUCUUAUGUUCUCACAUCUUUCAGUCUUUUCUCAAGCCAUUGGGAAAUGAAAUGAAAUUCCAUAAUAAGGAGACAGGAGAAGGAAGUAAAGCAUCUUACCUGCCUCUCACUCUUACCUGGCUUUGUAGGCAGAUUUUCUGCUCCAAUUUGUCGAUAUUUGUUCAUUCCACCUAUGCUCUAAAACUAGUUUGCAAAGAAUUAAUAAGAAUGAAAACAGAUGUAUCAUUUUAAGAGUAGACAAUGCAUACAACUAGGGUAAAAUGUGCAUUAAAAAGCAUAUGUUAAUCAAGCUAACAUAAAAAUGCAUUAUAUUACAGAAAAUUGAUUUCCAGAAAUGCAUAUAUUAGGCAAAAUUGCAUGCAAAGUGUGUAUAUCACAAUAAAUUUACACUAAACUGCUGAUUAAUUUUCAUGGGUUUUUUUUAAAAAAAAUAAAAACCCCCACACACGUCAAUUGAUGUGCAAAUGUGGAGAACUGAACUUAAGGUUGACAAAAUGAGAAACUGGGAGAAACCAAAAUUGACAAAUUUUGCCUAUCCCUGGCUGUUGGUUGGUUUCCUUAUCCCGGUCACACCAGAAUUGGGUGUUUCCAUUUCUCUUCAGAAAAAAACCAAAACAAUUAUGCUAGAAAUGUUGUUAAACAUUUGCUGUUUCCAUUGCUUUGAGGUGCUCAAUUUGUUCAUCGCCCUGCUGCUGAACUCGUUCAGCACUGACAACCUCCUCCAACUCCCGGAAGACGACCGAGAAACGAACAACCUUAAAAUUGCCUUUGCUCGGAUCCACCGAGGGCUGCAUGCAGCAAAACAGGCAAUGUUGGCUUUUUGUUUCAAAGCUCUUGGGUACAAGCGGAAGGCAGCUCAGAAGAAAAUAAAAUGUGAAUCUGAGAAGAACGGGCUGGAGCUUCGAAAAGAUCUCCCGAACUUCAAGGAGAGUCAUGGUAACAGAGAGAUCGAGAAGAAUGGGGAGAGGUGCUCAGUUCAUAUCCCGGAUGAUUUCAUCAGCAACCCCAAUGUGUUUGUCUGUGUUCCCAUUGCUGCCCCCGAGUCCGAUAGCGAGGGUUCUGAAGAUGCUGAUGAGAAGCAGGGGGCAGCCGUGGAGACAGAAUAUACAGAGAAGGUAAGGAGUCAGCUGAAGGCCACAUUGCCAUGUUCAAGGAAAGGCGGACAAAUAUUGCAGCGGACAGAAAUGGAGACAGCCAUAUUAAUGUCAGUCCUCAAUAUUCUGUCCCACUUUCUGAACAUUCUGUCACACUGUAGAAUUAAUGAGAAGCAGAACCAAUGAUGUGAUUGUGCUGAUAGGAGGUCACCUCAUGAGGAACAAGAUUAGCUUCUGCCCUAACAGUGUUACCAGCUGCAUUCCCUCACCUUUGCUCAUAGGCUGUUUCAAUGCAGUCCUGUGUGCCGUUUUCCUCCUCCUCCUCCUCCUAUCAUCAUCAUCAUCAUCCCCACAUUUCCUUCAAUAAGCUCAAUAUGGAAUACACCCUUUUUUGCUCUUAAUUGUUCACCUCAUUUCCUAGCACAGCUUCCUUCCACCCCCUGCCCAUUCCGAAGAAAUUUGACUGAUCACAUCAUGAAACAUCAUGACGCUAAUCUAACCUGGUAACUUUUGUAAACAAAACCACAUGGGUGGCUGCAGCCAAUCAGAUUAAGAGGCAGUGUCGGGCAAGUGAGGCUGAGGAUCAGGGCGGAGAAGGAAAAUGGCACUGAGAAGAAGCAAUAACCAGGGAAACAAAAGUGCAUUUCCCUUGUGUGCUGUAGCUACUCCACCUAGAGACCUGGUACAGGCUACUCAUACACAACGUGACCCAAUAGGCCCACCACAGCUCACCAACAAUGAACCGUGGUUCAGGAAGCACUUGAUAAAGCUGUUGGAUUUGCUGCCUGCUGGAAGGCCAAACUAUAUGUGAUGUUGGGAGAUCAGGGGCUGUGGGGAUUCUGAUAAGGAAUGUAGUGGGUGUGGAAGAGACCUUAUCUUUUUCCUGAAUGCUUGCAUGAAAAUGCCCUCUUCCAGUGCUAUUUGCCCUGCGAGGCACAACAUACAACCACAUUAUGGAUACCUGUAUGUUUCCCUCUGCGAGGAAAAUACCAGCUUGGGCAAGAGAUUUUCACUGGGAAAUGGUGCAGGGAGAAAUUCUGCCACAGUUCCGAUUAGAAUCCACUCCCCUAGAGAUGACAUUAAUUUUGUUUGAGUCACAGAAAUACAUCUCUCUUUAGCUCCCAUGGCUUUAACUAACAGUAGGAGGGAAAGGGCCCCCCCCAAAAAAAACACACAAAUACAAGUGGCAUGAUCUUGAGUGCAGAUGAAUGUGGCUUAUCUUCAGCAGGAAAACCAGCUGCGAUUGAGAGGAGAGCGGAGCAAGAGUUCCGAUGCCUGGAGCCGAACAUCUGAAAUCUCCUCUCCUGGGGAAACAAGUAUGCAUUGGAAAGCUGGGUCCUCCUCACCAAAACAAAAAGAGGUAAAAGUUAUUCACCAAUAAAGAAAAGCAAAAGCAGAUAAUGAUAAUCCAGAUGAUAAAAUGCCCUGAUUGCAGAACUGGGUAAAAAAGAAAGGUUGCAUUAAAAUCAGGACGAAACAAACAACGUCACAACUCUAAUUGAAAUGUCACCAUUCAAUAUGUUGAAUUGAAACCCAAGCAGGUUGUUUUGAGUAUCUUCCUUUGACUGUUUGGUUAGUUAGUUUGCUUGCUUGCCUGCCUGCCUGCUUGUUUUAAGGGGUAAGGCAUGCUGAUUCAGAGCCUUUGAACCUCUUUUGGUGCUGAAAUGGAUAUUGUAGAUCAGAAAUUUGUAUGUGUUACAUUAAUCACACAGCAAGCGUGUCACUGAUUUUGUUUUAUUUAAUACCAGGCAUCAAAACCAUACCAUGUGGGGAGAUGAGGUUUAACCCUUUAACCCUUAUGACCGUGGCUAAAAUACACCCCUCCCAGUGCAAAGAUUAGCCUUAGGAAAAAAUCCUCCUAUUGACUCCGGUGACUAAUUGUUGCACUGUGGUGCAGGGAGGUUGGGUUUUGUCAGGAUUUCACCUAGGAAUUGAAAGGUUAAAUCUCCCAUUCCCAUGCACCGUGGUCCUGAUGUGAAAAUCACUCCUCCCAAUAUGCCAAGCAUUAAAUUUCUUAAAAUCCACAUGUGGCUGCUAACGACAUUAAUAUAAAAUUCUAGUUGCACUCCUGUUAGGCAAAACCGACAGACAAUGCCUGGUAAAAAAGAAAACUCAAGGCUAUAUUUUUCUUUUGCAGAGAGCUGACAUUAUUAGCUGCUCAGAAGGCAGCACCGUGGACCUAGCAAACUCAGAAGAAUUCCUGAAGCAGAUCCCUGAACUAGCUGAGGACUCGGAGCCAGAUAAUUGUUUUCCCGAAAGUAAGGAUGCACUUCAUCAAUUUGUUCUAGGCAGGGCUACAUAAUUUCAGAAACAUGGGGCUGCAACCCAAAAUGGCCAGCCUGUGAUUCUUGUCUUCUUUUGUAUGCUUCUACUUGCUGACAAUGAUGUAAGCGAGAGCAGUGAUGGGAAGGGGGGGGGGAUCACCAGUGUUAUGGAAAUUACUGGGGGGGGGGGCACAGCUUUAAAGUUAAAUAUUACAAAUAUUAUGCCUGAAUGUGUCCUGUCGACUUGACGGCUCGGGGAGGUUGCCUAGCUUUAGGAAUAAUAUAAAAUCAUCUCCUUUCCCAGUUUCCUCCAUUUCAAAGCUAUUUUCCCCUUGAAAAAGGAAUCCAGGAAGUUCCCAGAGGUGACAAUUGCUGGGCUCAUUGUUAGCCAAAGGAAGCCAAAUCUUAUCACCUGACUCGCCUCAGGCUCCAGACAUGCAAAGGAACUUCUAUUGCCCUGCCAUGUAUGCUUAUGCUAGUCUUGUACCAAGGACUUGUCUGAACAUGUUUGCCAAGGUUAACCCCUCCCCUUUUGUGACAUGUCAGUGAUGUAGCAAUGAUGUAGCAAUGACGCUGUGCGAACUGUGUUCUGGGAUAUGGUGAGAAAGUUUUAAAAGUCUUUGUCACCCCAUCUUCGGGGUUCAAAUUUGCUCUUUGAACCUAUUGCGCAAUAAACUUUGGUCUACAGCUAUUUGCUGGGUGACUGAGCAGCCUCACACCUAGAUUUUUCCGUAACACCAGCUUUCAUUAAUUGCAGGAUGCAUGCUAAAAGUCAGUCCCCUUGCCAGUACUGUUUAACUUGUACAAGGGUUGUACUAACCCCAUAAUGUGGUUUAUUAUUUAUUGUGUGUCUCUUUCAGAAUUUGCGCAGCGUUAUCCUUGGUGUAUGGUGAACACUGAAAAGUUUCCAGGCAGAUUAUGGUGGAACCUAAGAAAGACAUGCUACCGAAUUGUAGAGCACAACUGGUUUGAAAGCUUCAUUGUGUUCAUGAUUCUGCUGAGCAGUGGAGCUCUGGUAUGUUAAUCUGAUUCUCACACACAAACUCUGCGGCUUAAGUGGCACACUGGACAGAGCAGAGAAAAUAAAGAUUAUAUUUCUAAACCACCACCCCAUUCCAAGAUGAAAUAAUGCUGGCAAACACAGGGGGCACAUUUUGCUGAUUUGGGAAUUGGAGCUCUAGCCAGAUGGUAUUAAGCACCAUUGAUCUGUACAAUCCUAUGCAUGUCUGCUCUGAUAUGAAUCCCAUUGAGUUCAAUGGGAACUCACUUCCAGGUAAGAGUGCAUAGGAUUGCAGUGAGAAUGAAGCCUGACUGGGUGCUUGGAUCAGGUUUUCCGUUUGGGGAAAUACUCAUGCACCUCUAUCACCACCACCAUUGGAUAUAUAUUUAAUCUGGGAACACUGUUUGGAAGGCCAAAUUUCUCUGAGAUUAUGGUGGACCCGUUAUUCUUUUACCAGCAUGGCACAUGCCACCAUAUCAAGAUUCCUUUCUGUACUGUAUUUCACCAGUCAAGUGUUUUAGUAGUUUUAAUGUGCUCAUUAUUUUAAUGAAUUAUAUGACUGUGUCACCUGCUGGUUAGUUGUUGUAUGUAGGGCUGCCUAUACAUCUGGGUUUUCCCGGACAUAGAAGGGAUCGGGCUCUCAGAAAUUGUGUCUGGGGAAAAUUUCCGAUAAGGGUUAAAAUGACUGGGGAAACCCAGACGUAUGGCAACCCGAUGCAGCCUCCCCAACAGCUCCAGUCACAGAUGCAGCAGCAAAAGUAAGGCAGAAAAGGAAGCAAAUGCCUAAGUGAGUGGGAUAGGGGACGGACGGACACACGCCUGGCUAGAGCCUGGCUGGGCAGGUGCCCCUCACUUCUGUCGAGGCAGGCGGAGUAAGUCCUUGAGGGGACCCACGCUUCCAAUCUGGCCCUUCCCUUGCCCUUGCAGAGUGCUGAGACAGACAGGGAGCUCCUGGGUGGGCCUUAGGGUCCCUGCGGCUCCUGGGAAUGUUGCCUCAACAUUCUCUGAGAGGGGUCGGUGCUGGGACACCUCACUAUGGGGAAACUAGGAGACUCCAAGUGUGCGCACACCAGCCUUCAGGGAAAAAGGAGUCCAGCUACAGUGCCAUGCUCCGCUUCGCCUGCUGAGCUGGGGCGGAUGGGCCUUCUUUGCUGGCUGCCUCGCUGGCCCAGGACGGCCUCACCCUGGCAGGCAGCCCAAGGUGCCCGUUGAGCCGCCCCGUGGGAUUGCUGAGAGUACCCUGGCUGUCCUUCCUGGUGCACUACAAAGUGCAUCUGGCCAGAGAAGGCAUGGCACCUGCUGCGUGCCAGACUCAGCCAAAUGCCCGGCGGGAAGCGCAGCAAGGCAAUCCGGGGAGGAAUGCAGAGGCUUGGGAUUGGCUGGAAAUUGUGCCCCCCCGUCUCCCGGAACCCCAAACAGCUGGAGGCUCUGGGGAGCGGUGCUCACCCCAAGCUGUGCUUGUGCCAGCAGCGUGCCAGGGCAGCCUCAGAGCAAAGAGGGCAGCACAGUCUUGGCGCCUCGGCUGAGCCCAGCGCACCAAUGGCUGCAGUGGAUUGCCUCACCACAGGAUUCAAGUCAAAAGCCAGGCAGUCCCUGCCAACACGUUUACCAUCAAUUUAUUUAUGGCAAAUCCCCCCUCCGAGAAAAGCUCAUCAACUUUGGUGUCUGGAUUUUCACCUUUUGAAAUAUGGCAACCCUAUUGUAUACCACUUUGGAAUCUAUAACUAAAUAAAUAAAUAUUGAUGAAUACAUGUGCACAUUCUCCUCCUGGAGAGGAGGAAGGCAUUACAUCAUAGAAAUGUAGAAUUAGAAAUGUCAUCUAGUCCAACCCCCUGUACUGCAGGAAUAUUUCGUCCAACGUGGGGCUCGAACCCACGACACUGAGAUUAAGAGGCUCAUGCUCUACUGACUGAGUUAUCCCAUUUAAUGGCUGGAAAGAACUGAAAACCAUCACAAAAUGUCACAUUGACAGUGGUCCAGGUGAAAUCUGGAAAUCAGCAAGUUUUUGCUAAUAGAUUGGUAUUGUUCCACAACCUGGGUAAGAUAGUUUGGAACAAACAAAAUCCAGAAAAAAUUCAGGUGCAGAGAAUUUUAAGCGUCCCUACUUUAUUGUAAGCCAUCCUGAGUAUUUUAUGUUAUGGGUUGCCAGUGUAGUAACAUCACUGCAUUUAGUACAUGAUUGCCUGGGAUCACUCAUUUGUGAUCUCAUGUCCUGUGCCCUCCAUUUCUCAUGGAGAGAUAUAUAUGUUUGGCACAGCUCCAGUAUUUUGGUUAUGCAGUAGGAUUCAAAAAUUGCAGUACAUUCACACAAUUAAGGAAAGAUUGUAAAGAAGUCUGCAAAUUAAAAAUUCUGCUUGAUCAGUAGCAAGAUACAUCUUAACUUUCUUAUUCCAGGCAUUUGAAGAUAUACACUUGAGUGAGAGACCAAAUGUUAAAAUCAUGCUGGAUUAUGCCGACAAAUUGUUCACUUACAUCUUUAUCCUGGAGAUGCUGUUGAAGUGGGUGGCUUAUGGAUUCCACAAAUAUUUCACAAAUGUUUGGUGCUGGCUUGAUUUCAUAAUUGUAGAUGUAAGUGUUGCCUUUGAACCAUUCUGUGGAAUGGGUGCUGUUAGCUUUCAAGGUAUAGCGACUGGGCUUUCUUGCACUCUCCUUGCCUAAGGGGAAGCCCUGCAAUUUGUGUAAAACGGUUUUAUGCUUUUGUUUUGAAGCGGUGCUUUAGCAUGUAUGAAAAACGUUUGUGCAUGGCAAGGAUGCAGAUUAAGAAACAUAGUGAAAUUGUUCCUUUGUGCUUUUGCUACUGAACAUCUCCCCUUGCUACUUUUUCUGCAGGUCUCCUUAGUAACCCUCGUAGCAACUUUGGCUGGACAAUCUGACAUGGGUCCCAUAAAGUCUCUCAGAACCCUAAGAGCUUUGAGGCCAUUAAGAGCCCUGUCACGAUUUGAAGGGAUGAGGGUAAGUUGAAUGAACGCCAUCACUGAACAUUAGCCCUAUGAAAAGGCCUUUGGUGUGUAAAUUGUUUCUUUUGAAGGCUACUGUGAUGAAGGGAUGGUAAAGGAGAUUGGAACAGGGAUUCCCAUUUGGCACAUCAAAGAUUCCUGCGAGUCAUGAGAGUUUUAUGAACAUGUUCUAUAUUAUUGGCAAUACAGGCCUUUUUUUCAGCCAGAACUCACCAAAACUCAGUUCCAGCCCCUCUCAGGUGGGUGCCAUUGCCAUUCUAAGAGAACAAGGGAGGCACUUGUGGUGAGUUCCAGCACCCCUUUUUCUAGAAAAAUAGCAGUGGCAAUAGAUGUCCAGGAGACAUCUUUGUUACCCACAACACAGUAGUUAACUUUGACGGUAAAUAGUAUGGAAACAUUAGAGUAUGAGGACCAUGGGAGUGGAUUUAAGGGUACAGAGAUCAAACCAUGUUCUUCAAAUUACUUUGAAAAUCAGAUUUACUUCAAGGGGAAGAGCAGCCUGUUGCUGUGAUACAGAAGACAUUCAUGCUAGCACACGUUUCAAAAUGGCACCAGGCUAUCUCCAUGGAAUGUAGCACCAUCACGUUCUUGAAAUAAGUCACCUCUUCACUGAGGUGUCCCAUCACCUGCAAUAGCUCCCUACUGUGUUCUGUGUGCAACACAGGGUCCUAUUUCUCAUCUCUAAAGCAUUUUACCACUUGGUUCAAAUAUACCCAGGAGACCACCCCUUCUCUAUGCCCCAUCAUGAUCUCUAACACUGCAUGAGAACACCGACUUGAAUCUAUCAUGCUUGGACUGAGUCUAGAUGGCAGUGGAAAGGACUAGUAACUUAUUAAGGUGCCCUUUCAACAUGAACAUGCUUUGUUGAGAUUAAAUAUACUUCUGCUGAUCUGAUCUGACAUAGCUUUCCUAUGAAUGGGUUUGAGUAGGGGCAUUCAGUAUGCAGUCUGAAUCCACAAUUAAUAUUUGGGGGGGGGGGGGAGGAGAGAGGUUGAAAGGCACAGUUUAUUGCCCUGGAAUCUUUUUUCCUUCUUGUUAUUUAGAUAUAUUAUGGUGAAGUUCAUGGAUUUAUUUUUUUACAAAAAUAAUUUUAUAAGUUGUGUGUCUUUGUUUUGUAUGUAUUGUGGUAUUUUAUGCAUUGUGACUUGCUGAUAUUUUUAUGGAUUAUAAUUUGGUAGUUAUUUAUUAUAAUUGUUAAAAGUAAAUCUCUGUUUAAAUAUUGUUUGCUGAUAUUUAAUUUCAUUGUGUACUAUUAUAUUCUGGUGGGUUAUUGAAUAUUAAUUUAUUUGAGGUAAGAUGUUUUUAUUAUGACUUUUAAAAAAUCGUUUCAUUCCCUUUCUCUUUCCCCUCUUCCCCACCUUUCAAAGGUGGUGGUCAAUGCCUUGGUGGGCGCCAUCCCAUCUAUUAUGAACGUUCUUCUGGUCUGCCUCAUUUUCUGGCUCAUCUUCAGCAUUGUGGGAGUCAACUUGUUUGCAGGAAAGUUUGGAAAAUGCGUUAACAUGACUGAAGCAAAUGCCACCAUAAAUGAGACCAUAAUUACUAACUUCAGUGACUGUAAGGAGCACAACAGGACCGAUGGGAUGUUAUACUGGAUUACAGUUAAAGUGAAUUUUGAUAAUGUUGGCUCUGGCUACCUGGCUCUUCUCCAAGUGGUAGGUCUUAUAGCACAAUGCAUCUGUCUCCGCAUUCUCAUUCUCUCUUUCCUUUCUGCCUUCACUGUUGGCGCUGUUGCCUUUAGUGAUACCUAAAAGCAAGACUUUUGUGAUAGCUGCUGUUGCUGCAAUAACUCCCUCAGUGUAUAGGUUCAUCCUUGCUUCAAAAGCCAUUCUCUUUCUUUCUAAGUAACACUUGUUCUUCUGAGUCUAUAAUAACUAUAGCAAUAAGUUAAUUAUGUACAUCGUAUAGAGAAUUUUGUCACUGAAUGGUCUAUAAAUCUUUAUAGCUACAAACAAACAAACAAACAAACAAACAAACAAACAAACAAACACAGCUACUUUCUAAUCCUUUGUUUUGUGGCAAGUUGUUUAAAAAUACAUGUUAAAUAUUGAACAUUCUCUGCUCAAAACAUUAGUAAUAUCCUCUAAGGACUCCAGGAAUGCCCUUUGGACCUGGUGGCUUGUUACUUUGCCUGUUAGAUCUCAAACACCACCUUUUGCCAUCUCUGCUUGAUUUAGCCAAACUCAUUUGGAGUUUGGCUAAAUCAAUUUAGUUUAUCAACUGAAGAUGUCAGGGACUGAAUCUAAGGGUCUUGUGUGCAAAUCAUGCUUUCUACCACUGAAGUUUGGCUAGCUCAUCAAUGCUGGUGCCUCACAGCCUGAGCUGAGCAGGACUGGCGUCAUAUCUAAGAAACCAGCAUCCUUUGGGUCACUGGCCUAUAUUUACUCAAAGGCAGGUGUGGAUAUCUGCACAAUAUAUUCUGAGUGAAGACUGAUGCAAAGAAUUCAAAAAGAUUCACUAGGUUUUCCCCCACCCUCUUUCAGCACACCUAUUGACCUACCUUAAUCAUAUUUAUAUUAGUCUGUUUUUUCUCUAGGCAACUUUCAAAGGUUGGAUGGAUAUAAUGUACGCAGCAGCAGAUUCAACUGAUGUAAGUCACAGAAAUGCACAUGCUCAUUCUUCUCUUCUUUUCACCUGCUCAGUGGUGUAAUAGUAAUGUAAGGGAACCCACUCAAGAGUAAAACUAAAUUAAUGUCAGUGUGUAUGACAUGCUGCUCUGAGAGGCCUUCUGGUGGUUCCCUCACAGUGAGAAGUGAAGUUACAGGGAACCAGGCAGAGGGCCUUCUUGGUAGUGGUGCCCUCCCUGUGGAACGCCCUCCCAUCAGAUGUCAAGGAGAUAAAUAACUAUGCAACUUUUAGAAGACAUCUGAAGGCAGUCCUGUAUAGGGAAGCUUUUUAAUGUUUCAUGUUUUGUUUUUGUAUAUGCUGGAAGUAUAUACACCCAGUCAGAGGAGUGGGGUACAAACAAUAAAUUAUUAUUAUUAUUAUUAUUAUUAUUAUUAUUAUUAUGGCUGCACUGAAAAUGACAGUUGUGUGUCUAGUGCAGGCUUAUCCAGUCUAAUGUCCUCCAUUUCUCCCAGUAACAUCUGGUAGAAUUCACCCUUGUUUUGCCAUCAAAGUGUUCUUUAUUUCCCAGAACCACCCACCACGGCAGCCAGUGAUUUGGAGCAAGCCAGGGUAACAUUUAGCACAACAUGAUCUAAUGUGGCCCUUAGAGUGCCUAAGUGUGAUCAUUUUCAUAGAACAAAGCUGUAAAUAAAGGGGUUAAAUUGGGCAGGCAGCCUGGGAGGUCAGCUUUGUACACAGCAGUCUUGCUCCUGCAGUGUCAAUUAACUGUAAUUAUCAAACACUUGCCUUUUCAAGACCCAGCAAAAGGUCUCGCUAGCCUGCCUUCAGCACAGGCAAAAAACAGUCUUUCAGGUAUUGUUAAGGAAAACCCAAACAGGAGACAAAUCAAUUUUGCACCAUGCAGUAUGAGAUCCUGAAGGGCCAAUUCAAAACAGGCAUAAUGGAGCUGUAAAGUUCUCAGACAGGGGUUGUACUUUUAUGUGAGGCACCACUGUUUCCUUAAAUUCCAGUAUAAUAUGGUUAGGCUUUCCCACAGUGAUCGGUUUUAUACAGGGGUGGGCUUUCCGACAAACGUGUUGUGUGACGGCAGGGCACCAAACUAGGCAUAGCACAGGAGCUCUGUGAACAGUCUCUCUUGGAAGUUGUGACUGAGAGUGACAGCAGCUGCUUAAAGCUCCUCCCCACAGAUUUCCCAUCUGGAGUGGGGAAACUGGGAAAUCUAUAUAACAUUUCCUCCACAGGAAAAAAUAGGUCCGGGAGAGGAAUACAACACAGAUAUAUAUUAGGAGGGUAAUGGGUAGCCAGGGCUGAAAAUGUAAGUUGCAGUUUCUCUCAGUUUUUCUCAGUUUUCCAAUCUUAAGUUCUGUUCUUCAUAUUUCCACAUAAGUUUCCGUUUUUUGCAAAAAUCCUCCUGAAAAUUCAUCAGCAAAUUUCUCCUAAUGUACACACGUUUGUGUGCAAGUUUGCCUAAGAUACAGUGGUGCCUCGCAAGACGAAAUUAAUUCGUUCUGCGAGUUUUUUCGUCUUGCGGAUUUUUCGUCUUGCGAAGCACGGUUUCCCAAAGUCUUCAAAAUCAGCAAAGUCUUCAAAAACCUCAAAAAAGGCUAUCACACCGCGUGCUAUGAGUUGCUCCUCGAAGUCACCCUGGGUAUUAACGGUUUUAAGAAAAAGGAAACAAACUUGCAAGACGUUUUCGUUUUUUCGUUUUUCGUCUUGCAAAGCAAGCCCAUAGGGAAAUUCGUCUUGCGAAGCAACUCAAAAAACGAAAAACUCUUUCGUCUUGCGAGUUUUUCGUCUUGCGAGGCAUUCGUCUUGCGAGGUACCACUGUAUACAGUUUUGCGAAGCAAUUUCCCCAAAUAUAAUGCAUGUUUGUUUGUUAUUUUAAUGAAUAUAAGCAUUUUUAUAUUCCCAGUUUAACCUAGUAUGUGCAUAUUGUUUUUACACGUGUUGGAGAUCUGUAUUGCCAAAUUUGGAGAAGCGUGAAUUUUGAAGGAUGGCUGUGUUUCAGUUUGCAUAUUGUUUUGGAAACUGCAAAUUACAAAGGUUUGCCUUUAAUGCAAACUGAACCAACCUUUCCCCCCAUCCGCAGUAACGUGUUAAGCUUUCCUUGCCCCAUGAAAGGUACAUGGCACAGUUCUACUGCUGCAGCAAAAGAGGUUUGCUCCUGUAAGCAGUCUGGAUGGGAGCCUAUCUGCGCCUCUCCAUAUAUAAACUGCUCUGUCUUAGUGAAAGAAUGAGCUAUAAGCAGAUUCAUCAUAAGUGACUUACUGUGGCAAUGGGAAGAGAUUUAUAAAUGAGCCAGAGGGCAACUUCAGUGAUCCCAUGAUAAAUGUCUACUUCCCUCUUGCAAACCUCUCUGGAUAAUUGCUCAGAGACAGCGCUGUAGCUGCUUAGCUCCAAAGGCAGCCACCAUCUCUUGGUAUGGCAACCAAUGAGGAAAAUGUUAACAAGGGGUCGCCACAAACCUGCCCACUUUAAUUGCCUUUCUCUCCUUUUUCCCUUUUCUUUUCUCAGUCAUGUUUCAAUGUGUUUUUCAUAUUUGCAGGUGGAAUACCAGCCCAAAUGGGAAGCUAACAAAUAUAUGUACAUCUAUUUUGUGGUUUUUAUCAUCUGUGGCUCCUUCUUCACUCUGAACCUUUUCGUUGGCGUCAUUAUUGAUAAUUUUAAUCAGCAAAAGAAAAAGGUAAGUAUCUAGGAAGUGUUUCUGUUUCCUUACGCCUGCUGAAAGUGAACCUUUGAAGAAUCAGACUAGUUAGAUGGGUACCUUCUACUGGACCAGCCUCCAUUAGUGAAAGAAAAUUCAUGCUUUUGAUGGGGAAACUCUGACCUUUAUUAGGGUUAAUUAGACUCAGCAGGCCUUUCUGUUGGGCCCACAGGCUGUAUCGGGAGAACCACGCCCACCUGCCAGUCACCUGACAUCAUAUAACAGCUAAAAAGAUCCCUUAUCUCUGACUGAAGCACUGAAGCAUUAAGUUAAGAUAUAAACCUCUUUGAGGAAAAAAGGCAGCAGAAAGAUUCGGGAUGUAAGAAGGCAGUGAUUUCCAUUCCAACCUGUAUCCUUCACAGUCUGUGCCAUUUCUGUUCUACUGCAGUUCAGUUUCUUCGAAAUUCUAUGUUAUUCCCCUUGCUGCCCACUCACGUUCAUUUCAGUGUAAAGGAAAUGAAACAAUGUUUGUUGUUGUUUAGUCGUUUAGUCGUGUCUGACUCUCCCGCAGUUUGGUCAAACUCAUGCUGGUAGCUUCGAGAACACUGUCCAACCAUCUCGUCCUCUGUCGUCCCCUUCUUGUGCCCUCAAUCUUUUUACCCAUCAUCAGGGUCUUUUCCAGGGAGUCUUCUCUUCUCAUGAGGUGGCCAAAGUAUUGGAGCCUCAGCUUCAGGAUCUGUCCUUCCAGUGAGCACUCAGGGCUGAUUUCCUUAAGAAUGGAUAGGUUUGAUCUUCUGGCAGUCCAUGGGACUCUCAAGAGUCUCCUCCAGCACCAUAAUUCAAAAGCAUCAAUUCUUCGGCGAUCAGCCUUCUUUAUGGUCCAGUUCUCACUUCCAUACAUCACUACUGGGAAAACCAUAGCUUUAACUAUACGGACCUUUGUUGGCAAGGUGAUGUCUCUGCUUUUUAAGAUACUGUCUAGGUUUGUCAUUGCUUUUCUCCCAAGAAGCAGGCGUCUUUUAAUUUCAGUUUUUAGGGAAUGUUUAGGGAAGUUUUUAAUGCCUGAGGUUUUUGCGUGCUUUUAAUUCUGUUAGGAGUUGCCCAGAGUGGUUGAGGUAUAAAUUUAUUAUUAUUAUUAUUAUUAUUAUUAUUAACAAAAAUGCAAACAGAUACCAACUGAAUUCACUGACUGAUUUCCGUUUCUGAUCCCAGUUGAAUGCAUGAAACUAAGCCCUUUACACAUCUUCUUCCUUUUUUGUUGGAAUUCUCCAACAUCCCUAAAGCAUCUCUUAUCCCAAAUGGGGAAAUCAGCCCUGUGCUUCCUCUUUGGUGGCAAAAGGCAGCAUUAGAACAGGAGGUGCAUGUUUCUGAACACCAGUUGUGCAGGAAACUGCAGGAAGGGAGAGUGUUCUGGUGAUCAGGCCCCUCUUGUGGCCAAACAAUAUAUAAUCUGCACCCGAUAAUGUUAGUUGUCUUAUCUCCUUGCAGUUUGGUGGAGAAGACAUCUUCAUGACGGAGGAACAAAAAAAAUAUUAUAAUGCCAUGAAAAAACUGGGGUCCAAGAAACCUCAAAAACCCAUCCCACGGCCAGUGGUGAGUACAUGUCAACUGUUCUAGACGAAAGACUUCCAAUAGGUGAACAGAAAUGUAAAAAGGAAUAAGGCUGCUAAUGUAUGAUUAAUAGACUGAUUGAGGCAGAGCAAACUUAGUUGGCGAAUACAAAGUUUAAUCUUGGGACUGAGAAUUAAGAGCACUCUGGUAUGUUAUUGCAAUAGGGAAUUAAAUGGAAAUAUUAAAGGCACUGAGUGAAUGCUUCCGUUGGAUAAAUUGUAAGCAAUCUCACAUUUCCUUCAGUAUAUUGGAAGAAGUGACGGGGCUCAGGGUGCUUCCAGAUGUGAGUUUAUUGUGGAAGCAAUGCAGCUCAGGCAUGCAAGGAUUUUCAUGGCACCAGCACAGCAUCAUUCUCAUCAAAAUGCCAGAAUAUCCUCUCUCUUUUUUACACUUAACUCGAAACUCCACUUGCUGUGGGAAGGCCCCCAAUAACAAAUGAAAGACACCUCUUUCCACUUGAAAGGGAUAUUUGAUUCUUCUUUCUUUCUUUCUUUCUUUCUUUUUGGUUUAAGCAAAUUUUGAUGUAAGUUGUUGUCUGACUAAAUUAUUGAAGGAUAACAGGUAGCUAUGUAUUGAUUCUACACAAAUCCUGGAGAAUCUUUCUCCCCUUGCCUUUAGAACAAAUACCAAGGAUUCCUCUUCGACAUUGUUACUCGCCAAGCUUUCGAUGUUGCCAUCAUGGCCCUCAUCUGCCUUAAUAUGGUCACGAUGAUGGUGGAGUCAGACGACCAGUCCGAAGAGAAGACAUUUGUUCUUAACAAAAUAAACAUCCUCUUCAUCGUUGUCUUCACAAUAGAGUGUGUCAUGAAGCUGGUGGCUCUGAGAUACUACUACUUCACCAACGGAUGGAACAUUUUUGACCUGGUGGUCGUGAUCAUGUCAAUUGUUGGUAAGUCGCUACAGAACAAUGUGUUCUUGCCUAGCUCUUAGCAACCCAACCAGAGUUGAAGCAUUUUAAACCUCAUCACAUACACCACACAUUUGAAUUACCGUAUUUUUCGCUCUGUAAGACGCACAAGACGCACCUAGUUUUUGGAGGAGGAAAACAAGAAAAAAAUAUUCUGAAUCUCAGAAGCCAGAACAGCAAGAGGGAUUGCUGCGCAGUGAAAGCAGCAAUCCUUCUUGCUGUUCUGGCUUCUGGGAUAGCUGCGCAGCCUGCAUUCGCGCCAUAAGACGCACACACAUUUCCCCUUACUUUUUAGGAGGGAAAAAGUGAGUCUUAUAGAGCAAAAAAUACGGUACAUGACUUCCUCCAAAGAAUCCAAUAAAUGGUAAUUUGUUAAGGGUGCUGGAAUUGUAGCUCUGCCAGGGGGCAAACAACAGUUCUGAUAAUUCUUUAGGUACAGCCACAUAUGUCAAAUAUGAUGUAAAUGUAUGGUGUCCCAGGAACACCUGGGAGCUGUGGCCAAAGAGGGAUGUGUCCCCUGAGAUUGCCAUAUGGAGUCCACCAGAGAGGAAACCCUGAGAAAUUGGAUUUUUAAAGUGCUCAACUCUAGCUGAACUGUGCCCAAAAUUAAAUACAUGGCAUUUUAGAACUAUGACUCCCACUUCCAAAACUAUGUUUUAAAAGCCCCUAGGAAGGAAUCAGACACCAGCAACAAUACUGAAUUAGGAAUACAAUAGAAAAUGCAGAGGUGACCCCUUGCUGGACUUCUUUUAACUUUAAACAAUUAAGGAUUAGCCUGCUCAGCAGCCAUUUAGUUCAUUCAAGAUUUUUGUUGCUUAUUUCUCCCCUUCAGGCAGCCUGCUUUCCGGCAUUGUGGUUUCAUUUUCGCCUACACUUUUCCGGGUGAUACGUCUGGUGCGAAUAGGGCGAAUACUCCGCCUGAUCCGAUCCGCCAGAGGGAUCAGGACUCUUCUUUUUGCCUUGAUGAUGUCCCUCCCUGCCUUGUUCAACAUUGGCCUCCUGCUUUUCCUAGUCAUGUUCAUUUACGCCAUUUUUGGCAUGGCCAACUUUGCCUACGUCAAAAAGGAGGCUGGGAUUGAUGACAUGUUCAACUUUGAGACCUUUGCCAACAGCAUGCUCUGCCUCUUUGAAAUCACGACGUCUGCUGGCUGGGAUGGACUCCUCAGCCCCAUAUUGAACACUGGGCCUCCAUUCUGUGACCCAAACCUCGGCAUGACGUCAACUUUCUCCAAGGGUGACUGUGGCAGCCCCGCAGUGGGAAUUCUGUUCUUUGUUACUUACAUAAUUAUAUCCUUUCUCAUAGUUGUAAAUAUGUACAUUGCAGUUAUUCUGGAGAACUUCAACGUUGCCACAGAAGAGAGCACUGAACCUUUAGGUGACGAUGACUUCGAAAUGUUUUAUGAGGUGUGGGAGAAGUUUGACCCUAAAGCUACCCAGUUUAUUUCAUUCUCCGAACUUUCUAACUUCGCUCAUGCGCUGGCAGAGCCCUUGCGCAUACAGAAGCCAAACGUGCUUGAGCUGAUGGCCAUGGAUCUUCCCAUGGUAACUGGGGAUAGGAUCCACUGCUUGGACAUCCUCUUUGCUUUCACCAAAAGGGUUCUUGGAGACUCGGGAGAGAUGGACACCCUUAAGCAACAAAUGGAGGAGAAAUUCAUGGCAACAAACCCGUCCAAGGCUUCUUACGAACCAAUCACCACCACGCUCAGGUGGAAAUACGAGGAGGCGUCUGCCGCUGUUAUACAGAAGGCCUUCCGGAGUCAUUUGCUCCAGCGUUCCAUGAAGCAGGCCUCUUUCUUACACCGACACAAAACCAGCGAUGGAGAUAUCCUUGACGAAGAUGCUCCGGAACAAGAAGGUCUCCUUGCGCAGCUAAUGAAUGAAAACUAUAUCACAGACACAGACAAGUCCCACACAACAUCCUUGGAAUCUAUUCCUCCAUCCUACCGCAGUGUUACUGGAGAACUUGAUGAUGCUUUUGAGGGGGAAGUGGCAGAGUCUCCUAAAAACGACAAAGCUAGAGAUGGCCAGCUGUUUACAGACAAAGGCAAGAGGUCUAACGUGUAGAUGCUUUAAACAGACACAGUGCCACUCAGACACCAAGCAAUGGUUCUCUUAUUGAGGAAUCCAAGAAGACUCCACCCCUCAAAUUAUGAACACCUGCCAUUAUUUUUACCAUACUACCUUUAUCACUGCUCAUUUUUUCCUAGCUGCAUGAUAAGGGAAGGAUGUGUGAAAGGCUAUCAUAAUCUUUAUGUUAGAAUCAUCUCUCGGACAUGGGUAUCAUUGCUGUGAUGACUGUGAUUCUUUCCUUACUGCACCGAAGUGAGCUUAAGCCCACGGAGAAUAUAACUUGCUGGCCCCUAUGGGACCAGAGUAUGGUUUUUCUGGUCUGGAAAUAGAGGGCUCCUUUGAUGCACCAGCCAAGAAGUUUGGCAAGUGUUUACCUUUCCCCUGUGUUGGUGGUUCACGCAGGUUCUUAUUUCAGAUUUCUAAUUUGGUGAGGAGUCUUCUAUACGUCUCAUGGAACCUGGGAGUGCAAGCAAGGGCAGGGAGUGCUCACUGCCAGCAGGAAACACGAGAAAUGCACUUACCAGUGCAUUCUGGGUCAGUGGAUUGAGCCAGAGGAAAUUAAGAACUGCAUUCUUCCUGUCUGCAGUGGAAGAACAUCCAGACUUUAAGGCUGAGCCCUCUGCUGCCAGAAGAUUUCCUUCCCGUCCAAUUAAGUCUGGAAAGUGGGAUUCUUUGGGGGGGUAGAAUUGGGGGGGGUAGAAUUGGGGCCUGGAAGAGCCAGUGUGGUGUAGUGGUUAAGAGCAGUAGUCUCGUAAUCUGGGGAACCGGGUUCGCGUCUCCGCUCCUCCACAUGCAGCUGCUGGGUGACCUUGGGCUAGUCACACUUCUUUGAAGUCUCUCAGCCCACUCACCUCACAGAGUGUUUGUUGUGGGGGAGGAAGGGAAAGGAGAAUGUUAGCCGCUUUGAGACUCCUUAAAGGGAGUGAAAGGCGGGAUAUCAAAUCCAAACUCUUCUUCUUCUUCUUCUUUGGGCCCCACCCUGCUGCUGAUUGGGCUGCAGCUGUGUGCAGUGGGUCUGAGUUUAAAUUGUUUGAUUCGAACCCAGUCCCAAUGGAUCCCAGUUAUCCUAAUUUGAGGUAGGCCUGUUCUGAAUUGAGGCAGAAGGGUAGGGAGCAACUUGCUCAUCUAGGGCUGCUGUACGUCCCGAAUUUCCCGGACAUAGCUGAAAUAUGGCAACCGGAAUCAGUGUCCGGGUGGAAAUCACUAAAAUGUCUAGGGGAAUGUUGGAAGUCUACAUUUUGGCGAAUCUCCUUAAAAAUAGUUUAAAAACUUGAUUUCUUUUUCUUUUUCUUUUUUUCUUUUGCAAAAGCAGCUCAAGAACUUUGGGCAGUACUUAAAAAAAGCUCAACAACUUUUGUGUCCGGAUUUUCACUUUUUGAAACAUGGCAGCCCUAGCUCAUCGCUUACCUACAGGCAGAAAGAAUGCUUAUACAAAGUCAUAACUCAAUUGCUCAUCUGGAAACAAUACAUGAAAGCAGAAACAACUGGAUAGAAAACUGUUCUAUUCACCACUGUUAUUCUUUAUGUAACAUAUUUCAUGUACAUGGCACUUUGCAGAAUAACAGGCAUAAAACCACUGGUUGCUGCCCAAACUGGAACUUAACACUUUCGACCUCCCUGUCUGACCAAUAUAGCCGCUGCAUGUUUUGUUGAUACAGCAUCUUCUGGAAUAUGAUAAACAUCACCAUGAUGUGUAUAUAUUAUUGUAGCCAUGUUGCUGCCAUUGCGAUAAUACAAUAAACAGACCAAGAAGCAAUCCAGAAAUAUGGAUGUAAUGAGGAAAGAGCAUGGGUUAUGUUUAUAGCAUUGAUGGGUUUAUGCAUAUCUCCCUGGGGAAGGAAUUCCAAAGAUGUGGAGUCACCACUAAAAAGCCCCAUCUCUGGUUGCUGCCCAUCAAAGAUAUUCUAUUGGUGGUCUAGAAAACAGGGUCUCCUAAAGUCCAUUUUACAACCCAGGCAGGUUCAUAUGGAUGCAGCUGGUCCUUAAGACGACCUGCUCUCAAAUUGUUUAGGGUGCUAAAGGUGAAAAUGAAUACUUAAAGGAAAAGGGCAACCCUAGAUUGCUUGUAAUGUGUGAAAUGGCCCUUAGUCAGAGUUGCAAGAUUUAAGGAGCAAGGAGGAUGCUUUGAACCAGGGAAUUAAGGUGGC